CGAGAUUAAACACACAGAUUAUGUGUGGUGGCCUUCACGCAGCUCAAUCAAAUAAUCCACAGAAGAAGAAGAAACGACUACCUGCCAGGUAAGGCUCGGAGCCCCUCCCCCUGUGGGCACCACGCCCCUCCUCUCUGAGCCUGCAGGAGGCGACCUGAGCGGGACUCACCUGGCUCACCUUACAGCGGCUCGGAAACUCAAUGCCAGCGCACAAAGGCUCCGGGAAGUCAGCAGGUAUUGUCAGAGACCUCCGCGUCUCUUCGGAGUCAUAGAGGCUGACAUGGAACAGGUGUACGGGGGUCUGGGGCGCUGUGUGUGCUGUUUCUGGCUCGCAGUAGCCUUUGACAUUGUGGGGCUGCUGGUUCUGCUCAUCGGGGUGUUCGUCAACGUGUUUUUCUAUGACCUGCUCAUCUACGCGGGCGCCAUCGUCAUCUUCCUCAGCCUCAUCUGGUGGGUGUUCUGGUACUCCGGGAACAUCGAGGUCCCGCCGGCGGAGCUGGAGGAUGAUGUCGGCUUACUGAAGAAGGACAAGAGCGGGCUGAGUGGCGUGGUCAGGCGCUUCUCCAGCCGCCUGUCCAGCGGCAUCAGGAACUCGUUUCGCAGGAACGGACCACGGUCGAGCGCGCGCACGAGCCGAGCUCAGAGACUGCCGCAGGAGGCCCAGGUGGCCGUUGCCAUGGCAACGAUGACCCCGCAGGAGGAUACCCCGCACACUGCUGUCUCCUCGGUGGCGAGCUGUGACGUAGAGAUGCCGCAGACAACAACAGAGACUUCACCCACAUAAUGAAGGCCCGCAGAGACUUGAUCAGAGUCUGCCCACAGUCUACAGUCUGCUCCAGCUGACGUCCAACUUUUCUACUGUUUGUGUGUUCAGAUUGUUCAUAAUUGAUGAUGAUGGAGUGUUAGCGUGCCGAGUCUUUACAGUGUGUUUUAUUCAAAUGUAUAUUUUCCUAAUAAAUGUUUCGUUUCAAUCAG